AUGGAUCACAUUGGAAUACUAGGAGCGCAUCUGCAGCAGCAUACUCACGUGGAGCCCAUCAGUUUCGGCAUCGAUCAGAUCCUCAACAACGUGGAGCAGAGCUGCAUGCUGGGCGCGAGGAUGCACGAGCCGGACUACGGACACCCAGUGUACAACAACGGUGCCAACAGCGGCCUGAAUGGCGGCGGCUUCACUUGCGGUAACACUGGAUAUAACGGCACCAGCAGUUCGUGCGGGGUCGCUUCCCUUGGCGGGGCUUAUCACAUGAACAUGGGUGUGAAUAUGAACGGGACUAAUAUGAAUGCCGCCGGGGUCAUUCGUGUCCCCGCUCACCGGCCCAUGAGCGGCGGAAAUUCCUCCAUGCCGCCGGGGAGCGGAACCAUUAACAACUUGAGCGCGCUCACCUUCCCAUGGAUGGAGAGUAACAGACGAUACACCAAAGACAGGUUCACCGGUCAUCCCUAUCAGAACCGGACGCCACCUAAGAAGAAGAAGCCUCGGACGUCCUUCACACGGCUGCAGAUCUGUGAGCUGGAGAAGCGCUUCCACCGACAGAAAUACCUGGCGUCUGCAGAGCGGGCCGCCCUCGCCAAAGCCCUGAAGAUGACUGACGCUCAGGUCAAAACCUGGUUCCAAAACAGACGCACCAAAUGGAGACGGCAGACAGCGGAAGAGCGGGAGGCGGAGAGACAGCAGGCCAAUCGGAUUCUCAUGCAGCUGCAGCAGGAGGCCUUCCAGAAGACCAUUAACCAGCCGGUGACCCCGGACCCGCUGUGCCUGCAGAACAGCUCUCUGUUCGCCCUGCAGAACCUGCAGCCCUGGACCGAGAGUACCGGCAAGAUCAGCAGUGUGUCAGCAUGCGAAUAG